AAAUGCUGUACUGGUCUACUGGAUUUUGGUUUUCAGUACGUCAGUACGGUAUUCAAAAAGUCGCCGUUGUCAGUAUAUCUGUACACUGCGCUUUUGCCUUCGUCGAUUCACAAGAACAUGAAAUUUAUUCCUGCGAUAUUAAUUUCCUGGAUAUUUGACGAAGAGCCAAAUAAUGGAGAUCGGGCAAAAUAAUUCUAAUCUGACGUUAUAUGACCGCUCCAUGUGGAUUGAGUACCAUUUCUUUGUCACGUUGUGGUUCGCUGUUAUGAUGGGACUAAGCGCUGUCGGUGCCGUAGCUAACAUCACUCUAACUAUCACCAUUCUGUCGUCGGAGAAAUUACGCUCAGGAUGCGGCGUUUUAAUCGCUCAUUUACUAUUGGUCAGUGCCACGUUAUGCGCUGUCCAUCUUCCGCUUUUAACUGUGACAACGUACUAUAUGGCUCCUAAGCAGCCACUAGGCAUAACCUUCUGCCGGGUAACAGUACUGUUCUACUUCUCCACCCUGUACGUCGUUAAUUGGACGGCCAUGUUAAUCAGUAUUAAUCGCUUUGUGGCGAUUGUGUAUCCGUACAAGUACAACGCCCAUUUCGCCUCGUACAAAGUGGGAUUCUCGCUGAUUGCGUUGAGCUGGACGGUGGUGUUAUGCUGCAACUUUUUAGUGUUUUUUAAUCAUGGAGGGCGCUUCGAAGCGACCCGCCCCUGGGGCGCCUGUGGCAUCACCGUGAUUAGGAAUUCCAUGAUCUAUCCGAUGAUCACGGUGAUCUGUGUGACCUUCCCCACGGCUCUCGAAGGCGUGAUGUACGUGGCAAUUUUUGCGACGGUAGGAUGGCGCGCGCUUCUGCGUCGGCGGAAGAUUCGGCAUGUCGUGGAAAGGGCCAUUGAACGGCGAAAUAGUUUGGUGCAGAAGCGGUACCGCAGUGUCAAGAUGUUGUCGGUGUCAUAUCUGUGGUAUUCCGUGUGCUUUAUGCCGGCUCCCAUUGCCUCCAGUAUCUUCCCCCACGUGUACAGCUCAUCACCGCUGCUGCAGCUGUUCCUGAGGGUGCUUUUAUUGUGCGGAUACACAACCAUACCGUUUAUUUAUCUGGCUUUAAGCAAUGAUUAUCGAUCAAGAUUUGUGCAGCUGUACCAUUCCAUAUCCCACUUCCGGUCUCCACAGCCACCAACUUUCCCGUGCACACAAGAAAUUUUUACAAUUUCAAAACAUGUUCAUGCCAAAAACCAGCCAAAUGAAAUGUUUUAUUGA